CCCACCCCCAGCCUGCGCAUGCGUCCUAAGAAUCCCCUCCACUCGCGGCCCAGACUCCGAGUAUUGUCGGGGGCUAUUCUCUCUCCCAGGAACAUGGCGGCGAGUCAGGGAGGCGGUGGGAACAGUGGGGGCGGCGGCUGCGGUGGAGGUGGAAGUGGCGGUGGCGGCGGCGGUGGCGCGACUGGAGGAGGAGGUGGUGGUGGAGGAGGAGGUGGCGGGGCCGGGGCGGGAGGUGGUGGCGGCUGUGGCGGGACCGUGGCGGUGCCCAUCCCGGUACCGACUCUUUUCGGUCAGCCGUUCCCCAAUGGGCCGCAGUGGCACCCGGGGAGCUUGCAGCCUCAGCACACCGUGAGGAGCCUGGACCGGGCCCUGGAGGAGGCGGGCAACUCUGGCAUCCUAAGCCUCAGUGGCAGGAAACUCAGAGACUUCCCCGGCAGCGGCUACGACCUGACGGACACCACCCAAGCAGAUCUUUCCAGAAAUCGCUUUACAGAAAUUCCUUCAGAUGUGUGGUUAUUUGCACCACUUGAAACAUUAAAUCUAUAUCACAAUUGUAUCAAAACCAUUCCCGAAGCCAUUAAGAAUUUGCAGAUGUUAACAUAUCUUAACAUUAGUCGAAAUCUUUUAUCAACAUUGCCAAAAUACCUAUUUGAGCUUCCCCUUAAAGUUUUGGUCGUCAGCAAUAAUAAACUGGUAUCUAUUCCAGAAGAAAUUGGAAAAUUAAAAGAUUUGAUGGAGCUGGACAUUAGCUGCAAUGAAAUUCAGGUCCUUCCCCAACAAAUGGGAAAAUUACAUUCACUUAAAGAGCUAAAUAUAAGAAGAAAUAAUCUUCAUGUUUUGCCCGAAGAACUAGGAGAUCUCCCCUUAGUCAAAUUGGAUUUCUCCUGCAAUAAAGUGACCGAAAUUCCUGUUUGCUAUAGGAAGCUGCAUCAUUUACAAGUAAUAAUUUUGGAUAACAAUCCAUUGCAAGUACCGCCAGCACAGAUAUGCUUAAAGGGUAAAGUACACAUAUUUAAGUACUUAAAUAUACAAGCAUGUUGUAGAAUGGAUAAGAAACCAGAUUCUCUGGAUCUUCCAUCACUGAAUAAAAGAAUGCCUUCCCAGCCUCUCACAGACAGUAUGGAAGAUUUUUAUCCAAAUAAAAAUCAUGGCCCUGACUCUGGAAUUGGAAGUGAUAAUGGAGAGAAGCGAUUGUCUACAACGGAACCAUCAGAUGAUGACACAAUCAGCCUUCAUUCUCAAGUCUCAGAAUCGAAUAGAGAGCAAACAUCAAGAAAUGACAGUCAUGUAAUAGGAAACAAGCCUGAUUCUCAGAAAGACCAGGAAGUGUAUGAUUUUAUUGAUCCCAACACAGAAGAUGUAGCAGUUCCUGAACAAGGAGAUACACAUAUUGGAUCAUUUGUCUCUUUCCUUAAGGGGAAAGAAAAGUGCUCUGAAAAAUCUCAGAAAAAUGAAGAACUGGGAAAUGAAAAAAAACUUGACAAAGAACAGUUACUUCCAGAAGAAGAAGAUGAUGAUUUGAAAGAAGUAACUGAUUUGAGGAAGAUAGCUGCUCAGUUAUUGAAGCAGGAACAGAAGAACAGAUGGAGGCCUUUAAGUUAUAGAACAUCAUUCAGUGACAAACUCUUCCAGAGGACCAGAGCAGCAGGACGGAAAUCAAGGAUUCUUAAUCAUUCAACUUCUGUCAUGAGAAAUAAGCUGAAACAAACUGUGGAAUGUGAAAAGAGUGUCUCAGCAGAUGAAGGGAAUUCACCAUUAUCACCCCUUGCAUGGCAGCCAUUAGAAAAUCAGAAGGAUCAAAUAGAACAACAGUGGCCAGAAUCUCAGCCUAUAAUCUGGCAAAACGAAGAAAGGAGACGGAGCAAGCAAAUCAGAAAAGACUAUUUCAAGUAUAAAUCAACAAGGAAGAAUUCAAGUGGCAAUGAAAAUGAGGAGCAAGAGAAUGAUAAUGCUCAUAUGUCACCACAGUCUCCCGUAUCAUCCGAGGAAUAUGACAGGACUGAUGGCUUUUCGCAUGGCCCUUUUGGCUUGAAGCCUAGAUCAGCUUUUAGUCGUGCAUCUCGUCAAGAAUAUGGGGCAGCAGAUCCAGGAUUUACAAUGAGAAGAAAGAUGGAACAUUUACGGGAAGAGCGCGAACAGAUACGGCAACUUCGCAAUAAUCUUGAAUCCAGAUUAAAAGUAAUUCUGCCUGAUGACAUAGGAGCAGCACUGAUGGAUGGGGUUGUUCUUUGCCAUUUGGCCAAUCACAUAAGGCCACGCUCUGUAGCUAGUAUUCAUGUACCAUCACCAGCAGUGCCCAAGCUGAGCAUGGCAAAAUGUCGAAGAAAUGUAGAAAAUUUUCUUGAUGCUUGCAAAAAGUUGGGAGUUUCACAGGAGAGACUCUGCUUGCCUCACCACAUUUUGGAAGAACGAGGUCUUGUGAAAGUUGGUGUUACGGUUCAGGCACUCCUUGAAUUGCCUACCACCAAGGCAUCUCAGCUUUCUAUGGCUUGAUGUGACGAUUAAAAAAAUAUACGUGUAU